AUGGCUACACUCGGGUCUCGUCGCAAGACUCCUGAGGUUGAUCUCCUGAUCUUCUUUGACAGUGUCGAGAAUGGCGGAGUCUUCGGCAGUGUGGGGGCGUCCCGAUCGGGGCUUGUCUUCGAAGUCGGUGUCUCCGCUUACGAAGCGAUCGAACCAGCGCUUGACAGUCCUGAUGGUAGUGGUGCCCUCGCCCAAUCUGCUGCUGAUGUUGGGUACUGCUCCCGCUGCUCCAAUGCCGCCACGCCAUUCAUAGAAGACGAUAGCUCGAAGUUGCUCUUGCGUAAUUGA